UUCAUCAGUUUCAUUCUAAAUGGAUACAGGUGUAGAUGGGGAGUUACCGACAUCGCUCGAUGAACGAACCACGCUCAUUCCAAAAAUCAGUUCUAGAAGAGUGAUAUGCGCUACGCUGAUCUCUAUUUGGGGCACGUUUAGCUUUGGCUAUUCCUUGGGGUAUUCCUCGCCGGCUUCGUACGAUUUGCAGUCAAAUUCGAGCGCCAGCGUGGAUGUCCGUUUAGACAGCUCCCAGCAAUCGUGGUUUUCGUCUUUGGUAGCCAUAGGCGCCUUAUUUGGAGGAGUCAUUGGAGGAAAGGCAGUCGACCUGAUCGGUCGAAAAUUUGCCAUCAUCGUUGGCUCCAUACCUUUCGCGUUGGGAUGGCUUUUGAUUUUCCUUGCUAAGAACCGCGCGAUGCUGUAUACUGGCAGAAUCUUCACAGGUGUAGGAUGUGGCAUAGAGACAUUAGCUGUUGCGGUCUAUAUCGCUGAGAUCUCCCCAGCUCACCUACGUGGAAUGCUUGGGGCACUGAAUCAAGUCGCCGUCACAUUAGGAAUUAUACUGGCCUAUGUUAUUGGAUAUUUCGUUCUUUGGGACUGGCUGGCCCUGGUUGGUUGUUUCCCCGCGGCGCUACUGUUUGUCCUCAUGUUCUUUAUGCCAGAGAGUCCUCGAUGGUACCUUGAGAAAAACCGGAAAAGCGACGCGUUAAAAUCGUUGCUAUGGUUACGCGGAUCUCAGACUGGUAUCGAAGAUGAAUGUAAGGAAAUCGAGGCUACACUAGAGCUCCGUGUACAAAUUAACUGUCAAGAAUUCUUCACUGCUCCAGUAGCCAAGCCUGUCUUAAUCAGUGUUGGUCUGCUAUUCUUUCAGCAAAUCACUGGAAUCAAUGCAGUGUUGUUUAACGCCGCCGAUAUUUUCUCUAAAGCAGGUCUCGGUGAUCCGAAGCUCGUUUCCCUUCCUGUCAGCUUAGUUGAACUCGCUGGUACUGUGAGUGCUUGUUAUCUGGUGGAAAAAUUGGGAAGGCGUCUCCUUCUAUGGACAAAUGCCCUUGGCAUGGGAGUCUCUUUGAUCGGACUUGGUGUUUAUUUCGAAAUCUACCAAGCUCACAGUGGAAUUUCUUGGCUUUCCAUCUUGACUUCGGUUCUGUUCAGUUUCUUUUUCUCACUGGCAUGGGGUCCAGUUCCCUUUCUCUACAUGGCAGAGGUCAUCCCCCUCAGAGCGCGUGGAGUGGGUACCAGUCUAGCCACUAUGGCAAGCUGGGUGUCGUUGUUCCUCGUUACCAGGACAUACGCGAAUCUCGAGUCUGCUUUUGGAAAUCAAGGCGCUUGUUGGUUUUAUGCCGCAUGGUGUUGUGUCGCUUUUGUUAUCGUUGUCCUUUUUGUACCUGAAACGAAGGGUAAAACGCUAGAGGAGAUAGAAGCGAGCUUUAAUCCUUGAAAGAAAAUUAGAUUACAGCUGUUGUGUAACCAGUGCUGCAGCUAUUUAUAACUGCAAUUGAGGGGUGCGUUAUUUCUUUAUCAGUAAUAAGUCAAAUUAUUCUCGCAUUUUGAUUGGUUCUUGAAAUAUGAGAUGGAGAUUAGGAGAGGCAGCGUGGCUGAGUAGUUAGGACGCCGGACUUGAAAUCCGGAGGUCGCGGGUUCAAGUCCCGCUCUGACAACACAGCUGGAGUUGUUUCUCGGUAAGCCGUAGUUUAUGAUCAACUGAACUCCUCGGUCAUACUUGUAAAUAGCCAGCUUUUUAAGCCUAUUAUGUUUAGUUGAUAUCACAGUUUGUUUCUUUCAGUUUAAGCAGCAUGCCAGUAAACUAGCUAAGUGUAGCUAGGUGUAGCUAGGUGUAGCUAAGCGCAUUGACUACUAUAAACAAGAGCAUUUGAACAUUUUUUUAAAAUUACUUCUGAUUUAUUGGAAGACAGAGGUAUCAUGAUGUCAUUAACAUUUUUCUGUUUCGUUAUAAUACAAAACCUAUAGAUUCCAUGUUGCCGUGCGUCUGUUCAGUAGUAGAUCAUAGAA